AUGCAGCCAGAGCUGUGGCUCUUCGCCAGCCUCUUCUGCCUUGUGGCAGCAGCUCCACUGGGCUUUGACAAUGAGGAUGUUAGCGACCUCAUCGGGAUCGGUGGAAAGAUGGCGGCGCAGGGCGAUAUCUCCAAGGUUGACCAGGCGCUGUCGAAGAAGUCGCGCCGAAAGCGCAUGAGUGCGUGCAUUCGUGCAACUCGACGUCGACUGGAGACGCGGUCAGAUGAGGUGGAGACGGCUGUCUCUUCGCUCAUGGCACAGAGCACUCCAGGGAUGAAGGAGUUCACGGAGGAAGAGGCUGUCAAUCAGCUGUUCUCAUUGACAGUUUUCGCAUGCUACGAGCACGUAGACAACCAGACUAUCGCCGAGGUCCUGCAGGGAGCAGAGCAGCUCGACGAAGAGAAGGGCUCGACAGUCUUCAGGGACGUGCUCUCCGCACGGCGACCCAGCCGGGCGCAAAUGGAGCUCUACGAGGCUGUGGUCCAGGAGGAGCAAGCUCGUCUGCUUGAGCAGAUGACACCAGAUGACAUGCCCGGCGCCUUGGGCAAUAUCGGCCGAAAGAUGUCCACCGCCACGAAGGCGGCUUACGUGGUCUCUGUGCUCGCAGGCGCAGCUCGGAGAGAGUUGUCCAGAGUUAUGUGUUGA